AUGACUUGGUUUCACGCAAAAGAAGACAGGCCGACGCCGAAAGAAGUCUACAACUGGCGGCUGUACAUGGAAACUGCCAUCAUCGCUACUGGUUCAAUACUGUUUGGAUAUGACUCUGCCUUUAUCGGGACGACGAUUGCCCGGGCGAGCUUCAAGACGUCGUUCAACAUUAGCAAGAGCGCUGCGGCGGACAUUUCCAGCAACAUUACCUCUGCUUUCCAGGCUGGUGCCUUUUUCGGCGCCAUCUUCUGCUACCUAUUGACGGAGCGAGUAGGACGCAAAUGGGCUCUCCAGGCCAAUGUCGUCGUCUUUCUACUCGGAGCCGUCCUCAUGGUCGCGGCUACUCACCAGCUAUCCUACAUCUAUGCUGGUCGCAUCCUUACUGGCAUCGCCUGCGGCGCCAUCACCGCCACCGUGCCGAGUUACAUUGCCGAGCUGUCCGUCGUGUCCAUCCGCGGCAUCCUCACGGGCCUGUUCGAGGUCGCCUACCAGCUCGGCAGCCUCGUCGGGUUCUGGAUCAACUACGGCAUCAACCAGCACAUGGACGUGCGCGCGACGGCCUCGUGGCGGGUGCCCAUGGCCGUCCAGCUCAUCCCCGCCGGCAUCCUCUUCAUCGGCGGCUUCGCGCUGCACGAGAGCCCGCUGUGGCUGAUGCGCAAAGGCCGCGAGCAGCAGGCGACCGAGGUCCUGGUGGCGGUGCGGCAGCUGCCGGCGACGCACGACUAUAUCCCAGAGGACCUUGAACUGAUCCGGAGCCGACUGGUCGACGAAAUGAAAAUCGCAGGGCGGUAUGGCACUGGCUCGUGGGCCAUGUUCAAGGGCGUCAUCGCUGAGCUCGCGCGCAAGGGCAUGCGGAAUCGAGUGCUGCUCGUCGUGUGCGCCUUUUCCCUGCAAAACAUGUCUGGCGCUGCGGCGAUUAACUACUACUCGCCUACCCUGUUUGCUUCGCUUGGUAUCAAAGACGUUGCCCUGUAUACAGGCAUCUACGGUUUGGUCAAAGCUGUUGCCUCUGUCAUUUUCUAUGGUCUGCUGAUUGACAUCUGGGGCCGACGCAAUCCCACCAUUAUUUCGUCGUUUAUGUGCUCCGUCUGCCUUUGGAUCGUCGGUAGCUAUGUGAAGAUUGGACACCCAGCGACGGUGAUUGCCGCUGGCAAAGAGCUGUCCCCGUCGACAGCCGCUGGUGGUACCGCUGCGACUGCCAUGAUUAUGAUUUACUCCGUCUUCUGGUCAUUCGGCCUCAACGGCAUUCCGUGGAUUGUGUCUGCAGAAAUCUUCCCCGGCUCAGUGCGAAAUUUCACGGGUACCUUUGCUGCUCUCAUACAAUGGUUGACGCAAUUCAUCAUCACCAAGGCCCUCCCGUAUAUCUUCAAGGCUUUUGACUACGGCACCUGGUACUUUUUUGCGGCGUGGAUGCUUAUCGCCACCGCGUGGGCAUUCUUUUGCCUGCCCGAGACCAAGGGAAAGACGCUGGAAGACAUGGACAAUAUUUUUGGCUAUAAAUCGCAGUGGUCUACUGAGUCGAUUGAAUCGGUUCGUGAGGAUGAAGCUGCGGGACAUGGUUACAAGGUUUAA